AUGAAACCUGUUUUCUGGUCUUCGAUUGCUACUGGUGAAGAAGAGCACUCCAGCGCUUAUAUCGCCGACUGUAUUGAUCGAGUCAUUGAGGAAGUGGAGACCGCUAUCGGUGCUAAAGGAGCUAUUGGUGCUGUUAUCACUGAUAACGCCAAAAAUAUGAAGUCAGCAUGGGAACAAGUGAAGAUAAAGAGGCCUUAUGUGUACUGCAAUGGUUGUGCAGCACAAGGGUUCAACUUGCUGAUGAAAGAUAUUAUGAACAUUAGUCGUCGUGCUGAUGUUCGGGAUGACUCUAAAAGUGUGGCAAAGUUUGUUCGUGCGAGGCAUGGACUUCUGGAUCGCUUUUGCUCGCAGCAGAAGGCCAUAAUAGAAAACGGUGACAAAAGAAUGGGGCUAAGUGUUAGCCCCAUUCUUUUGUCACCGUUUUCCCAUUCCUACACGAUGGUACACAGUCGAGCGAUGCAUCCGCAGUGUAUCUAA